AUGUUUGCUGAACUUCCGCAUUUGGCGCUGCUCUUGCUGCCUUUACUCCAUUCUGUGGCUAUCGCCACUCCUUCUAGAUCUACUGACCUUCUUCGGCUCAGUUAUCUUGAGUCUCAUAAUGACACCUUUGAUUAUAAUAGCCAGAAAGUUCGGGGUGUCAAUCUUGGAGGAUGGCUUGUGCUGGAGUCCUGGAUCACGCCCUCAAUUUUCGAGGCAGCUGGUCACUCCGUGGUGGACGAAUAUACCCUCUGCCAGGUCCUGGGGAAGGAUGAGGCCAAGGCACGACUCCAAAACCACUGGAACACCUUUAUAACCGAGGACGAUUUCCUCAGUAUCGCUCAGGCGGGAAUGAACCAUGUGCGGAUUCCAGUGGGUUACUGGGCCGUGGCUCCUCUGGCUGGGGAACCGUAUGUGGACGGUCAGCUCGAUGCCCUUGACAAUGCAAUCACCUGGGCCAGAAAUGCAGGCCUUAAGGUCCUGAUCGAUCUACACGGAGGUAGACUCCCUACUCUAUACCUCGAUAACCUGCUAGUGACUAGUCCAUUCGGAUAUAGCUCCCGGAUCACAGAACGGACGCUAGAGGCGAUUAGAGGCCUAGCAGAACGGUAUUCCCCAAAAAAAGAUGUGGUGGUGGCAAUUGAGGCCCUCAACGAGCCGGCGAUCUAUAAUGGAAUAAACCUGGCCCAGCUGAAGCAGUACUAUUAUGACGUAUGUGGGACGGUCCGUGAUUAUAGCCAUGAUACCGCUGUAGUAUUGCACGACGGGUUCCUGCCUGUUGACUCCUGGAACGGAUUUAGGUGGAGCUUCUUCGAGGCCCAGCUGGAUGCCUAUGAGAAGAGUACCGGCUGGCUUUUCUGGACCUGGAAGACUGAGGGUGCGUCAGCAUGCGACAUGCAAGAUCUUCUAGCCAGCGGCAUCUUUCCUCAGCCGUUGUCAGACAGGCAGUACCCCAACCAAUGCCUUUAA